UCAUAACUACCAAGGCGGUAGGCUUGCGGUGUUAGUAGUAUGUACAUGAUUUUUUGUUAUUUAGCGGGAAACAUAGCGGUUUGAAUUGAAACAUUGACAUAAAACCAUUCAUUCUAAGCAUGUCCGAGUUUCGAAUAAACUAUAAAAUUACAAGUUAUUUAACAAAACUGUGAAGGUAUAGGUCACGUGGUCUAAACCAACCAAUGACGUUGAUAAAUUUGAACCUUCUAGCGUACAAGGCGUCCUUGCCAUGGUGCGCAAUCAGUGAUAUUUAACAGGUCCAUUUCUUCGACACAAAAUCUGGAAUUAUUAUGUGUGUCGAGGACCAUCUUAUGCCGCAAGGCUUUUUGGAGACAGCAGAGUUCAUCAGUAAAGGCUUGCAGGGGUAGUGCUUCAUCACCUUGGGGAAUAUUGUAAAUAACUGAUUUCAACAUAAGAAGCACUAAGUGUAUUGAAGAUGGGUGGAUCACAAGAUGAGAGUGGACAUAAUGAUGUGGGUACUUGUCUGGCUCUUCCAUAUCAGAAUGCCACUAAGGAUACAUCACUGACAAGUAAAGAGACUGGAUCAGAGCCAGUGAAUGGUAUUGUUCAGCCUCCUUUUGUUCCUUCAUUAGAGAAACCACAUCGGAACACUAACCAAUUACAGUAUCUCCUUAAGGUUGUAAUGAAAGCUGUUUGGAAACACCAGUUUGCUUGGCCAUUCCAUGAACCUGUGGAUACAAUUAAACUGAAUCUGCCUGACUAUCAUAAAAUUAUUCAACAACCCAUGGAUCUUGGAACUAUCAAGAAAAGACUAGAAAAUUGUUGGUAUUAUUCUGCUACUGAGUGUGUCGAUGAUUUCAAGACUAUGUUUACAAAUUGUUAUGUGUACAAUAAACCAGGAGAGGAUGUUGUUCUCAUGGCACAAACAUUAGAGAAAUUAUUCCUGACAAAGAUUGCUGAGAUGCCAAAAGAAGAAAUUGAAAUCCCUAUGCCACCAGUCAGAGGUCCAGGGAAUAAAGGGAGAGGGAAAAAAGGAAAGGGUGGCCCUAGAGGGAGAGCUCCAUCAACAACAGUGGCUCCAAAUCCAGUGACUCUUGUUUCAGUAGCAGCCACUAUGCCAAAUUCCCUGCCUUCCGUCCCUGUGUCACAGUCUGCUCCUUAUCCACCACUUUUGACCACCAUGGCACCAGCCACUGUUCCAGGAAGUACUAAUACAACAACAACCCUUGCAGCAACUGCAACAGUUAGUGCAGUGACUCCUCACAUCGCACAGAAACCCUAUGCAUACUCUGGAGUAGGUGAUGCUUUUGCGCCAGUUGCCUCCAUGACACCCUUAAAUGAAGGCCCACCAGUUACGUUACAUGGUCCUACAAAUCACCACAUAGAAAGUGUUACACAAGCAACUUCCAUCACUACAGUCAGCUCUGUACCAGCCAAAAUAAAAAAAGGAGUCAAGAGGAAAGCAGAUACAACAACCCCUUCAAACAGUGCGACGCUUGAUAUGUUAGUAUACCAAACCUCCAAUGAAACUAAAGUUUCCAGAAUGUCAACAAGAAGAGAAAGUGGCCGACCAAUCAAAAGGCCAUCAAAGGAUCUUCCAGAUGUUCAGAACAUAACUAAACCAAGGAAAGGGAAACUGUCAGAACAGAUGAAAUAUUGUAGUACCAUCCUCAAGGAAAUUUUUGCAAAAAAACAUGCUGGCUAUGCUUGGCCAUUCUAUAAGCCCGUGGAUGCAGAACUUUUAGGGUUACAUGAUUACCAUAAAGUAAUAAAACAGCCUAUGGAUCUAGGAACUGUAAAACAAAAACUGGAUACACGAGAAUACAAAACACCUGAUGAGUUUGCAGGGGAUGUUAGGUUAAUAUUUACUAACUGUUAUAAAUAUAACCCUGCUGAUCAUGAUGUAGUUGCAAUGGCAAAAAAAUUACAGGAGGUGUUUGAGAUCAUGUAUGCUAAAAUGCCUGAUGAACCAGCAUCCUCAGAACCUUUAUCUGUUUGCCAAACUGAAAAAGUUGAAGGAAACACUAGUAGCACAGGAAACACAAGUUCUGCAUACUCUGGAAGUGAAAAUGAUGACAGUGAAGAUGAACGGCAGCGAAAGAUCAAACAGUUGCAGGAACAGCUGCGGGCAAUUACUGAACAGAUGAGUUUAUUAGCAGCUGAGAGUAGAAGAAAAGCCAAGAAAAAAAGAAAAAAGAGAAAAAAAGAAAAGGAAGAACCUGUAAAAGAAAUAAAACCUGACGUAGAAACACUUCCUCUAGAGCCGCCUGUUACACAACCAUCUACUAUUCCACCAGUGAACAAUACAGUUCCACCUCCAUCUGCAAAGGAAACACACCCACCAAAAAUUCAAAAAUCAGCCAAAAAUAAAACUAAUACAACACCUACUAAAUCUCAAAACCAAAACAAGUCUUCAGGUCAGACAAAGAGACAGAGAUCAAAUAGCAAGUCAUCAAAGAAGAGUAGUAAAAGUGUACCAGCAUUUGACAGUGAAGAUGAAGACAAUGCAAAACCAAUGUCUUAUGAUGAAAAAAGGCAGCUGAGUCUGGAUAUUAACAAAUUACCAGGAGAUAAGUUGGGUAGGGUUGUCCACAUCAUUCAGUCUAGAGAACCCUCACUUAGAGAUUCCAAUCCAGAUGAAAUAGAAAUUGACUUUGAAACUCUCAAGCCUUCCACCUUGCGGGAAUUAGAAGCUUAUGUUGCCUCAUGCUUGAGGAAGAAACCUAGAAAACCUUACUCCACCAAGAACAAAUCAGCAGGCAAGUCUAAAGAAGAGCAAGUUAGGGAAAAGAAGCAAGAACUAGAAAAAAGGCUGCAGGAUGUCAGUGGCCAACUAUGUCCUUCUAAAAAGCCAGCCAAGAAAGAAACUGAAAACUCGCAUGGUGAUGUUGGUGGUCCAAGCAGACUAAGUGCUAGCAGCAGUAGUUCAAGUGACAGUGAUAGCAGCAGCAGUAGCAGCACCAGUAGUUCAUCAGAUAGCAGUGACUCAGAGUCAGAAUUUGGACGGAAGCCAAAGAAGGACCAAAAUGAGCCAUCACAGCAUAGUAAACAAUUUACCCAGGGCUCUUUCAGAGCUUCUCAGCAUAGCCAACUUGAUUAUAGAAACAGUAUUCAACAUGGAUGUAACCAAAUUGAAAAUGUCAUAAAUUCCCAGAAACCAGUAGUACCUGAUAAUAGAGAGAACUGCCAACAACUGUAUCAACCUCUUCAACAUGGACAACUGGAGGAUAAGGUCAAUGUCCAACAGAUAUGUCAAGAAAAUUUGCCACAACAACUAUUUAAACAGAACCAACUUCCUAUACAAGGUACUUUUCAACAUGGAUGCCAUCUACAGCAGUCCGAAGAUCAACAACUCGUGUAUCAUCAAGCGCUCCCACCACACUUGCGGUCUUUACAUCCAGAACUGCAUGAUAUUCUUCAAACUGAUGAAGUUAUAGACUUGCAGUUGCCCCAAAGCUAUGAAGACAUAGGUGGACAGUCCUCUUCACUUGAUCUCAGCCUCAGUUCUUCCUAUUCUAAUUACAAGCAAGAAGCAGUUAUAAAGAAUGCACCUCCUCUACUGAAAAAGAAUGUUAUUCCUUCUUUUCCUACUUCAGGUUCUAUUCCUUCUCUGAAUGAAUUGGUGGAAAAUGAGUCAGAUUCUUCAGGACUUCCACGUUUGUACUCAACUCAGAUAAAUUCCUCUGCAUCGGAUCUUGGCCCUGUCACCUCUGCUUCUGGAGUAUUCAACUCCUCAUCUGUACCACAAAUAACCUCAGAGAAUAAAAAUAUCUAUCUGGAUUCCAUUUUACCACAAACUGAGUUAAGAGGGACAAUUAGUGUGGAGUAUGAAACACAAAUGGAAGAGCUUUCUUCACCUGACCUUACCCUUCCUCCAGGUUUAAAUGAUAGUUUUUUAACAGAAAAUACAGGGAAUCAGCAGCAUCUGUUAGGAGAAACAGGAGAUAAGAAAACUAAACAGAAACAGAGUGAUACUUCCAAGGAGGGUAAAUCAAAACUGAAAAAUCUUAGGUCCUGGUCAAGUCUUAUUCAGCCAGUCAGUACCAGUCCAAGCUCUACACAGACUUCACUGAACCAGCGGUCAGCUCUGCACAGUUUCCAACAGUUCAAAAAACAAGCAAAAGAGAAACAAGACAAGCAGCAACAACUGUUAGAACAUCAGGAGUGGAGGAGACAUCAGAAAGAGCAAGUAGAAAAAGAGAGAUUACGUUUGGAGAGAGAGAAACAAAGGGGAAAAGAUGAAGAAGAGGCUUUAGAAAAAGUAUGGAAAGCUCAUCGAUCUCAGAGUGAUAAGAAACCUCAAUUUUUCAACAAUCAGCAGACUUCUGCAACUGAAGACCGUGAACAACAGAGAGAACAGGCAAAAAGACGAAGGGAAGCUAUGGCAGGUGAAAUAGACAUGAACCGACAAAGUGACAUCAUGACAACUUUUGAAGAGAUGCUGUAACCAAGUGUAGUAGUGUUUAGUUUGCUUUGUUUAUGAAAUAACAGUGGCUGACUUGUACAUGUAUGCAUUUAUCAAGUUGUGUAUUCACAUGAAGUUUAUAAAAUAUAGUAGUAUUGUAUUUUUAGAGGCUGAAGAAAGAUUCCUAAUGAUGUUAUUUUAUAACAUUGCUGUCUUCAUGUUUUGGUACCAAGUACAUUGUGGAAACUCACAUUGUGAAAGGGAAAUAUAGUAUAUUGAACAUAAUACUUUUCUUAAAACAGCUAAAAGCACUCAUUAUAAUAUAAUUUUAUAAUAUUGAGGAAUGUGGUUUAAGCCUUAUUCUUUAACUUUUCGUAUGUAGAGAAUGUUGAAAAUUUAGAACUGUAAACUCUGUUGCUGAGUUCUCAUCUAAAAUGUCAUCAUAAUGUAUGAAAAUCAGUCACAUUUAUUACUUUUUGGGGGUGUUCACAGUUUUUUUCUUUUUUAGCUUUUGUAUUAAAUAUUAUUUGUCAUACAGUCGUAUUCUCCUUCUUGCAUUAUGUUAUAAUAAACUUUUGUCAAGUUAUGGUGAGGGCAUUUGAUAGUAUUAAUUAAUUAUUAAGUGUAGAGAAUUUGCUGAAAUGUCUUCCUAGAAAAAAAAAAGGAUAAGAUAUGGCACACUUGUUAUUAUUUUUUGAAAUAUUUGGUGAAAUAUUUUCCUUUACUAUAAAGUUUUUUAUAGAUUUACUUAAAAUGCAAUUGCAAUUUAAUUAAUUACGUAGAUGUUUCAGAUGUGUCUUUAGAGUGGAUUGUGAGUUCUCAAAAUAUACAACAAAUUUGGUUUAAUUGUUAAGUAAUUACAUGAAUGAAUGCUUAGCUGAAACUUAAACAUUUGAUAUUCUGUGCCUACUGUGAAAUAAGUGAUAGUAUAGUUUAGUAUCAUUAGGUCUUUAAAAAUAUCCAUACUUGUAUCUCUUUUUUUUUAUUAUUAUUUGCUGCUUAACAGACUAAGACAUUUUAAACAGUUUUUAUGUUUUACAUUACAUUUUGAAGAAGCUUUCACAUUUUCUCUUUGUUCAUAGUAUUGGAUUAAUUUAAUAUUCUUUACAAAUUUAGUAUUGAUUCUUGUGUACUGUGAGCUCUGGAAUAGGUCAUAUGAUUAGCUUUGUAUCAGAAUGGCUUAUGUCAUGAAGGUUGGGUUUGUUCUGCAGUAAAGUGGGCUCAUUCAUAGUACAAUACUCAUGUUAUAUAAAUUUGGUUGUGCAUUAAAGGGGGUUCAUUCAUAGUUCAUAUGGCGCACUUGUCAUACAGUCAUAUUCUUCUUCUUCCAUUAUGUUACAAUAAAAUUUUGUCAAGUUAUGGUCUUUAUAGUGGAUUGUGAGUUCUCAAAAUAUACAACAAAUUUGGUUUAUUUGUUAAGUAAUUACUUGAAUGAAUGCUUAGCUGAAACUUAAACAUUUGAUAUUCUGUGCCUACUGUGAAAUAAGUGAUAGUAUAGUUUAGUAUCAUUAGGUCUUUAAAAGAUAUGGCACACUUGUUAUUAUUUUUUGAAAUAUUUGGUUGAAAUAUUUUCCUUUACUAUAAAGUUUUUUUUAUAGAUUUACUUAAUGUAAAAACCAGUAAUGUAAAAAAGUAGCUAUACUGAAUCAAUCUAUAACGUAAUCUAUAACUCAAAUAACUCGUUACAUAUGUAAUCUAAGUUUGGUUCUGCAGUACAGUGAAUACUCUGACUCACUACACAUGUAAGUUAACUUUAUUUCAAACAGUAGGAUCUAUUAUCUCUAUGCAUGUAAGGUGACCUUGUUUCCACAGUAGAAUGGAAUUGUAGUGAAUUCUUAGAUGGCUCAUUGUACACUAAAGCUGAAUUUGGUUCUAAGUAACUGUUUGUAGUUCUUUUUACAGUGAGCUCUUAGAGAUGGUUCAUUGCACACUUAAGCUAUACUGACUGAAUCAGUAAUGUAUAAAAGUAGCUGUACUGACUGAAUCAGUAAUGUAAAAAAGUAGCUAUACUGACUGAAUCAGUAAUGUAAAAAAGUAGCUAUUCUGACUGAAUCAGUAAUGUAAAAAAGUAGCUAUACUGAUUGAAUCUGCAAUGUAAAAAAGUAGCUAUACUGACUGAAUCUGUAAUGUAAAAAAGUAGCUAUACUGAUUGAAUCUGCAAUGUAAAAAAUAGCUAUACUGACUGAAUCUGUAAUGUAAAAAAUAGCUAUACUGAUUGAAUCUGCAAUGUAAAAAGUAGCUAUUCUGACUGAAUCAGUAAUGUAACAAAGUAGCUAUACUGAUUGAAUCUGCAAUGUAAAAAGUAGCUAUACUUACUGAAUCAGUAAUGUAUAAAAGUAGCUGUACUGACUGAAUCAGUAAUGUAAAAAGUAGCUAUACUGACUGAAUCAGUAAUGUAAAAAAGUAGCUAUACUGACUGAAUCUGUAAUGUAAAAAAUAGCUAUACUGAUUGAAUCUGCAAUGUAAAAAGUAGCUAUACUGACUGAAUCUGUGAUGUAAAAAAGUAGCUAUACUAACUGAAUCUGUAAUGUAAAAAGUAGCUAUAUAUUAAUGAAUCUAUAAUGUAAAAAAGUACCUAUACUGACUGAAUCAGUGAUAUAAAAAGUACCAUACUGACUGAAUCAGUAAUGUAAAAAAGUAGCUAUACUGAAUGAAUCUAAAAUGCAAAAAAAUAGCUAUACUAAAUGAAUCUAUAACUUAAAAAAAAAGUAACUAAA